UCAGCUUUUCACAUGAAUUCAACCACAAAAGGCUGAAGAACACAACAAGAGAUACACAAAAGGGUUUGAAAUGGAGCGUUUUGGAAGGCUUUUUGGAUUGGCUAAGCCAUAUUUGAUGGUCAUUUUUGUGCAGUUUGGUUAUGCUGGAAUGACCAUUCUUGUUAAGUCUGCCUUGGACAAAGGCAUGAGCCCACAUGUGUUUGUGGUUUAUCGUUAUGCUGUUGCUACUCUUGUCAUUGCUCCUUUUGCCAUUAUCUUUGACAGGAAGGCGAGGACCAAGAUGACCUUUUCAAUACUCUGCAAGAUUGUGUUGAUGGGUUUAUUGGAGCCAGUGAUCGAUCAAAACUUGUACACUACUGGUAUGAAGCUCACAACAGCAACCUUUUCAGCUGCCAUGGGCAAUAUUCUACCAGCUUUUUCUUUCCUCAUGGCUUGGGCUUGCAGGCUUGAGAAAGUGAGUAUUUUGAAAAGGGGAAGCCAAGCGAAGAUCCUAGGAACCAUAGUGACAGUAGGAGGAGCUAUGAUUAUGACGUUCAUAAGAGGGCCAAUGUUGAAUCUGCCAUGGACAAAAGGGAGCCAGCCCUCUGCUUCUUCUGGUGGCUCUGCAACUCACCAGAGCCCACUUAAGGGCUCACUCAUGAUAGCAACUGGCUGCAUUUGCUGGUCAGCUUUCAUCACUCUUCAGGCGAUUACAUUGAAAGAUUACCCGGCCGAGCUGUCGCUUACGGCAUUGAUAUGUUUGGUGGGCACCAUUGGAGGGUCUGGGGUGGCUUGGAUCAUUGAGAGGGGGAACCCUGCUGCUUGGGUUUUGCACUUUGACAGUCAGCUUCUGGCUGUUGUUUAUUCCGGAGUAGUAUGUACAGGGGUGACUUAUUACCUUCAAGGAGUAGUGAUGCAAACAAAAGGGCCUGUUUUUGUGACAGCAUUCAGUCCUCUGGGCAUGGUUCUUGUUGCAGUCAUGAGCUCCUUCAUAUUGGGUGAGAUGAUGUUGUUGGGCAGGGUUCUUGGAGCAGUGGUCAUUAUCAGUGGCUUGUAUUUGGUUCUGUGGGGCAAAAGCAAAGAUGAUCAUGAUUCAGCUAAAUCUGAGUGUGAUAAGAUAUCUCCUUGUGAGCAAAAAAUGAUCGGAAAGGAUGAGUCUUUGAAGAUGGUUCAAUCAAAUGAAGAAUUUGUGGUGCUUCAUCUUGCCCAAGAGGAGAAACAUUGAUGAACUCGACCUGUAAUCAAAUAAAAGUAAAGAUACUCGACAUAAUUUUUAAAUAUUAUGAUUUGUACGGCGUUUAUACAACUAAAUCCCACACUACAAGAAAUAAGUUACCAUAGACUUUUGAUAACGUUUUUAGUAUGUCAUGACAGCCCAUAUUAUCAAAAGUCUACU